AUGGCCCAGAAUGGAACGUCAGGCCAGGACGCACAAGAGCCCGUCACACCCAAGCUCAACUCUCUCUCGCUGACCGAAUAUGCCGCCAACCCCUCCCCACCUUCGCAAGAUCCUCGACAAAAGGCAAUCGAUGCUGGAGUGCCCGAGGAUUUCCUCCUGCCCAAUGGUUAUCCUGACUACCUGCGUCUCAUCCUCACCUCGCGUGUCUACGAUGUCAUUGAACAAACUCCGCUCACACACGCCGUCAACCUCAGCAACCGUCUCGAGAGUCAGGUCUUUCUCAAGCGCGAAGAUCUUCUACCCGUCUUCAGUUUCAAGCUGCGUGGCGCAUACAACAAGAUGGCUCAUCUGAGCCCGCAAGAGAAGUGGAAGGGCGUCGUUGCUUGCUCCGCUGGCAACCACGCCCAGGGUGUCGCAUACUCGGCCCGCAAGCUCAGGAUGCCCGCAACCAUCACUAUGCCUCUUGGAACUCCUGCCAUCAAGCACACCAACGUCUCGCGUCUCGGUGGAGCCGUCGUUCUUCAUGGCAAUGACUUUGACGAGGCCAAGGCCGAGUGCGCCCGUCUUGCUGAAUCCCACGGCCUUACCAACAUUCCCCCGUUCGAUGAUCCUUAUGUUAUCGCUGGUCAGGGUACUAUUGGCAUGGAGAUUGUGCGUCAGACAGACCUGUCCAAGCUCGAGGCCGUCUUCUGUUGUGUUGGCGGAGGUGGUCUGAUCUCCGGUAUCGGAGUCUACAUCAAGAGAAUUGCUCCCCAUGUCAAGAUUAUCGGUGUUGAGACUUACGAUGCAAACGCCAUGGUGCAGUCUCUCAAGCUGGGUAAGCGUGUCACUCUCAAGGAGGUUGGUCUGUUUGCAGAUGGCGCUGCUGUCAAGACGGUCGGAGAGGAGACUUUCCGUCUAGCUAGCGAAGUCGUCGACGACGUCAUCAUGGUCACCACCGACGAGACGUGCGCUGCUAUCAAGGAUGUGUUCAUGGAUACUCGUUCCAUUCUCGAGCCUGCUGGUGCUCUUGCUCUUGCUGGUUUGAAAAAGUACGUUGCUCAGAACCCCAGCUCGGAUCCAAAGCGUCAAUUGGUCGCCACUGCUUCUGGUGCCAAUAUGGACUUUGACCGUCUACGAUUCGUUGCUGAACGUGCUGCCAUUGGUGAGAAGAAGGAGGCUCUGCUCAUGGUUACCAUUCCUGAGAGACCUGGUGCCUUUGCCGCUUUGGUCAAGGCCGUGUACCCUAUGGCUGUUACUGAAUUUUGCUACCGUUACGCUUCGGCAAGUGCUGCCAAUGUUCUUAUCGGUGUCAGCUUGAGCGCAAACACUCGCGAGCACGAUCUCGCCGAUCUCCUCCACCGUUUGUCCAACGAAGGCAUGACAGCCCUUGACGUUUCGGAGAACGAGGCUGCCAAAUCUCACAUUCGUUACCUCGUUGGUGGCCGCAGUAGCGCCUCAAACGAGCGUGUCUUCGCUUUCGAGUUCCCUGAACGCCAAGGUGCUUUGUACAAGUUCUUGACCACUUUGCAACCUGGCUUUAAUAUCUCGCUAUUCCACUACAGAAACCAUGGCGGCGACAUCGGCAAGGUUUUGGCCGGUAUCCAAUGCCCGCAAGGUCAGGAGGACAAUCUGAACUCGUUCUUGACCGAGUUGGGAUAUGGAUAUGCUGAGGAGACAAACAAUCCAGUCUUCAAGAUGUUCAUGACAGAGCCCUGA